AUGAGUAUUACAAGCAGGACUUACCUUUUCUGGCCGAGGAAGCCUACCUGCAGCAAAAGGGCGCUCUCCUGGAACUCCUCCAGGGAUUUAACAAAAGGGAAGCGAAAGCAGCGGCGGGAGUCGACUCCUUGCCAUCCCACCCUCCUCGCACUACGCUGCCGCGGAUCCAGCUGCCGCAUUUCUCAGGGAAGUACGAAGACAGCCUUCAGGGAUCUCUUCAACUCCAUUAUUGAAAGGGAUGCCUCUAUAACGCAAGUAGAAAAAUUGCAUUAUUUGAAAACCUGUUUGAAGGGCGAAGCCGAAUUAUUGAUCCGCGAUCUAUCUACAACGUCCGAGAAUUUUACUAGAGCCUGGGAAACGCUAAGCGCGUACUAUGAAAAUAAGAGACUCCUAGUGCGUGCCUACUUCUCGAAUUUCUUCGCGCUUCAAAAGAUAAAAAACGAAUCGGCAGCGGAAUUACGCAAGGUAUUCCACGGAGUAAAGUCGGUAGUCAGCUCGCUCGAAAGCAUAAAUCGGCCGAUCUCAAGCUGCGAAGAUUUGUUCGUUUACCUCGCGGUCGAGUUGCUCGACACCCGCUCCCGUCGGGAGUGGGAAAACUCCAUUAGUGACUCGGUAGAACCUCCUUCGUACAAGGUUCUCGAACAAUUUCUCGAGCGACGGUUGCACACUCUCGAGUCGAUGUCGCCGGUUAAUAAGGCUGAUCGUACGCCCUCAAAGUCAGAACCGAAGACGACGCGGAGCCAUCACGCGCGAAAGCAGGAGGCGAAGCCGGAGGUACUACGCGGACGGUGUUCUCUAUGUCAAAAAGACCAUUUUGUCAUGUUAUGCGACUCCUACAAGAAGAAAACCGCAUCCGAUCGCAAGCAGCACAUUGAGAACAAUAACUUGUGCAUCAACUGUCUCGGGCGCCACAAGGUGGAAGAUUGCUGCUCGAAAAAAAACUGCACCGCGUGUGGAAAUCGGCACCAUACUUCCUUGCACGACGCGUUCCGGGAAAGCGAUACCGCUACUAGCACGAACGUAGCCCUGCGAAAAACCGGAACUCUCUCCUCCGUUCUUCUGGCAACCGCGCGCGUUCGCGUAGCCGAUCGAUACGGUAAUUGGCACCCCGCUCGUGCCCUACUCGACCAAGGCUCCGAAUCGUCUAUUAUUUCUCAUCGUCUUGUGGGAAAGUUAAAUCUACCGCGCUCUCCGGUAAGGGUCGCCGUGUACGGAGUCGGCGGCCAGAAGACAAGCACAUCGCGGAGUCGAGUCACGCUCACCAUGGCUCCUCGGAGUGAGGGUCCUACGAUCCAACUAACCGCUCUGGUUCUUCCGCGCCAACUCACUGCCUACUCCGGCGCAAGCACGCUCGGCUCCAGGACUUGGCCGCACCUCCAAGGAGUACUACUCGCCGAUCCUGACUACAGUGCUGAGGAUCCAGUAGAUCUCAUCCUAGGCGCCGACGUUUAUGGCGAAAUCCUCUUGCCUGGCCUACGGAAGGGUACUCGUCACGAACCUGUAGUUCAAAACACAAAAUUAGGAUGGAUACUUUCCGGCGCAGCCGAAAGCGGACCUUCCCCCACAACAAUGCGCUCUCACCAAUGUCAAGUGGAUGACGACCUCUCCGCGAUGGUGCGACGCCUGUGGGAACAGGAGGAGCUUCCAUCAGCUACAUCUGCUCUCUCCAAGGCUGAGGUCGAGUGCGAGGACCACUACGUCCGCACUCACUUUCGGAAGCCCGACGGUCGGUAUGUUGUUCGGCUGCCUCUAACAACAUCAAUGCCCAAUCUCUCCGGAACUCAUCGCAUAGCUCUUCGCGCUCUGAAACGAAUGGAAAUUCGCUUCGUUAAGGAUCCCGCCUUCUACUCUCUUUAUCGAGAAUUUAUGCAGCAGUACAUGGAGCUCGACCACAUGCUGCCGGUACAAGCUCCAGCGGACGGCACGACAGUCUGCUAUUUACCUCAUCACGGGGUCCUGCGGGAAUCUAUCGUCACGACCAAGCUCCGCGUAGUCUUUAAUGGCUCCGCGAUCGUGACAACUGGCUCUUCUCUCAAUCAACAUCUUCACUGCGGACCCAACCUGCUGCCGACUUUAGCUGACGUGCUCCGUCCAUCGCUACGGACGUUGAAAAGAUGUACCGGCAGAUCGAAGUCCAUCAUCAAGACAGAGAUCUGCAAAGAAUACUGUGGCGAUCAAGCCCUGAGAAAAACAUCCAGGAGUACCAAUUAA